AUGGUGGAGGUUCAUGUAAGACCCGCCCGCGUCUCGAUCUUCACGCCGUAUUCACCAUCAAGUAUCAACACUAACAUAUUAUGCGAUCAAAGUUUAAUCAUGUCCAAAGAUCAUCGCGCUUCUUUAAUGUGUGCUAAAGACGAGCUGGCGAAGCUUCUUACCUACCACCAGGUCAUGCCCUCGUUUGUGGACCUCAUCUGCACCUUCCAGUUCCGCGAGGAACCGCUUCAUUACGCUCUUUUCCGGCGGGAGAACUACCUAGACCGUGACUCCCCAACUUUACGAGUCCCACAUCUCGGGAGAUCUGGAAUCCAGAUCCAGCAUGCCUUCAACUUGCUCACUGUUGAGCGGUCCGACCGGAAGGAUGAAUUGAACCCAUGGCCCCUCCGUCACGCGACACUCUACCACUCUCUCGACCUGGAGACCGGCCGUGCCGUUUACAUUUCUAUGAAAGGGAACCCCGAGCUGGUGAAUCGCAUGAGGGAAGCCGGCCACGUCAACCGCCACAUGCUCCCCACAACUCCUCGGACCCGGGAGAAAUCCUUCAUCGCAAGUCUGCAAGUGCAUCUGAUCAUGCUGGAAUGGUGCGGCGAGAACUGGAACGAGUACAUCGAGGAAAAGGCGGUCUCCAUCCACAAAAGCUCCACCCGCGUGAAAAUUGCCUCAGUCGAUGAAGUUGUCGCACCCGCCAACCUCGCGGCCACCCUCCAGCGUCGGAGGAGCACGUUGCCGCGGCACAGAGGAGUGGGACGACAGGCGUCCUGGGUAUCGGCCGCCCCGAGCUGGUUCAGCCGGCACGACAGUAUCGCUGAGGAAGGGAGUGAAGGACAACAACCUCCCAGCCCUAGCCAAGACUUACCGCCCUCGCCGACACGCAGUGCCUCAGGGCGGUCAUUUUCCACAUUCAUGCGGCGGGUUACGAGCGGUCUGGGCAAUGAGCGGGACGGGCAAGAACAGGACGCCCUGGAUGCAACAACAGAACAACAGAAACAGGAGGACGAGACCUUGAUGGCCCGUCUGGCCACGUUGGAAGAACGCUUUUCCAGCACACAGCUGCAGGCCCUAAGCUGGAGGAGCAGAGAAAUCGGCCGGUCACUGGUGGCCAUCGAACAGACCGUGCAGGUACUGUCGCAAGUGGAGGAACAAUACCGCACCGUGAUUGCCUCGCACGCAUACAACACCCUCCUGGACACCAAACAAUGCGAGUCCGAAGUGGCCGCUUUCUUCCGUCGGCUCCAUAAUCUACAGGGCGACUUAGCGCUGUACCGCCGUCGACUGCAAGAUUUGGCAAGCCGUGUUGACGAUGACAAGCAUUUGCUUGAGUCUUUGAGCCAGAACACCGGUAUCCAAACAUCCAAAGCGUUCCAGUUAGUGGCGCAAACGUCCACCGACCAGAUGAUGAAGUGGACGGUUGAGAUGCGAGAGAUCGCCAUCAAGACCAAGCAGGAGACACUGUCGAUGCACGUUAUAACCAUAUUUACCCUCAUCUUCCUCCCAGGAACUUUCAUCGCUGUAAGUUUAACCCCCCUCCUUUCUUUUGUUCCGAAAAUCCGGAAUCUAACCUCACACCCAUUCGCCCAGACCCUUUUCAGCAGCGGCGUCCUCCGCUGGGAUGAAGAUGGCACGCUCGGCUCCGACUGGGUCGUGCGCAACGAUGGCCUCCGAUUAUUCGUGUCCAUCUGCGUCCCACUCACAAUCGUGACCAUCUCCAUCUGGGCUGCCAUGUAUAGUCUGGCUCGACGCUGGGCUCGGAAGCACGCUCGGAUCACGGAUGGCCCCGGGUAUGCGGACGAGAGGGGCGUUGUUGAUGCGACCGGGAAUUCUGUUAAUGUUAAUGGUGCUAUUAAGGGAGGGUCGUCGGGGGUUUGGCCUGCUUCACCUGGGGCACCGAUCACGCCGACGACGCCGGUUACUCCUGGGGUGGCGGUGUCGGAGAAGCAGAGGGGUGUUGUUGGUGAAAAGGCGGCAUGA